AAGGAAGGGGAAAAUACCAAGCUUCCUUACCAAUUUUCCAAGGCAUGGCUGGGUUCUCUUUCUUUUUUUCUUCAGGUGGCUGCAGCGGGAAGAAAUGAGAAGAAGAGCAGAAUCGGGCAAGGCUGGGAAGAAAAGAAAGAAAGAAAAAGGAGAAAAAGAAAAGAAGUCAUCCUUAUCCAAAAUCUUUCCCUCUUUAAGUCCCUCAACUUGGCAAAUAUUGGCUAUUAAACCCAAAACAAUAUUUCUUUCUCAAACAAGUCCCUAACUCACUUAAAUAUCACAAAAUUUUGAGGUAUUACAUCCACCCCUCCUAAAAAAGAGUUUUGUCCCCAAAACUCAAAGUGGGGAUCAUCUAAACUAGUGAAUGGCUUCACACAAUCCAAGGCAAAACAAAUGCCUCACUAACUCUUCAUGAACAAAAUAUGGCCUAUUACGCUUCCGUUGCGCCACUCUAAUAACAAACCACACUAAUCAUAGAAGCAGAACACUAAUCACUUAACAGGGUUUACCAUGAAAUGAGCUACUAGAGGUUGGGGUGACAUGGGAAGCACAAGGAAUAAAAAUAAAUCCUGCCAAAGCCACAGAAGAACAAUUGUGGGGUUACGCUACGAACCCAACACAAGACGAGUUAGCAAAGAAUGGCAUGGAUUUAAAGACGAGUACAACAAGACUUUGAACUCUUAUCAAAGACAGAUAAGCAUCCAAUGAAUAUAUGGAUCAUGAAUGAAUGAACAAGUGCAUGGAUGCCUUACAAAUUCUACCACAAAACAAGGUUAACCAGAACCAAGAUCAUAUUUAACAAGGCAACUGAAAUCAAGAGACAGAUUUUAGCAAUUAAUAAGAGUUAAAAGCUAGGACCAUCAAAAGACAUGUAAGAAUCUCAAGAAUUGCAACAGAAUAAAUCAAUAGAAAAUAUGAAUGCUUGGAAGAAUAUUAGAACAUAAGAGUGCAAGGUAGAAUGCCUCAAAGAAUUUCAGCAACAAAAUGGCAUUCACCAAGAAUCAAGAUCAAAUUUAACCAAGCAGUCAAAAUUGAGAAACAAGAGUUAACCAUGAAACAAGCAAUAGAAUUCCAAAAAUUAGGCCCACAAAAGAGAUUUCAAUAAUGACAAAUAGAACAUGGAUUCAAGAGCAAAUACAAUCAGAAUGUCAAG